UCUAAAGAUAAAGCUGUGUAAAAAUGGCGGCCACAUUUGAGAAAACAUGCCAAAACCAGUAGAUCUAGAGCCGCUUCUAGAAUCUAGAUCUAUCUAGACCUAUAUCUACUGCUUUUGCAGAUUAUUUACUAGUUAGAUCCAGACUUAUAUUAUUAUUUUAAUUCACUAUGGCUGGUUCAAGAAGAUGGUCCAAAGAAGAACUAGACAGUACUUUUGAAGAAUUUGUGAAAUCUAAGUCUGAUGACAAUGAGAAAAUAAAGGAAUUGCUAAAGACACCUGUCAAGAGAAAAGAUGAAACAAAAAUUAGCUCAUUAUGGUGGGCGGAUUCUAAUGAUGACACACCUGAAAAGGGCAGCACCAAAACAUUUUUAAAAAGCAAAAAGUCUUCAGAAUCACCUGUUAGGGUUAAAUCUUCAUCCUCAAAGUCUAAUCUUAAAGCUAACAACAGCAAAACAAAUACUGCCACUGGCUUAAAAGCUCUGGCUCCUUCAAGUAAACAAAUACAAGCCACAAAGACAGGGGCCCAAAGAGAUCCCCUGAAGCCUAAAAACUUGUCUAGUCCAUUAAAGACAAGAUCCAAGUCAAGGACUGAAGUCACAAUGAGUAAAGACAGUCUAGAGGACAUUUCAGAAAAAUCAGAGGAGCACCUUAUUAGUCAAGCCAAGGCAAUAAGUCAUUUAAAUGUAGCAAUUAAUGAUUCAAGUUUAGAAACAUCAGCCAGCUUUGAUGUUCCUCCUACUAACACAAGUCAUGGGCCGCCAGGCUGUGACACUCUUGAUGAAAUAGCUGAUAAGCAUAAUUUUUUCCAGAACCUUGAGAAAGAAUCUGACAGGACUGUUGACUAUGGGAAACUCAAUCAAGAGCUUAGUCAGACAGGAGGAACAUCUUUACUGUCCCCAGCGGUCAUGGUGGGCCAGAGUCAGGUUGACAUAUCUACUGAUGGGGAGGCAGUGGCUGUUGAACAGAGUCAUGUCGCCACAAAUGAAUCCUUACAGAAACCCAGUAUGUUGUCUAAAGUUGCUUUGUUAGAUUCUUUGGAUUCAACAUUCAAUACAACCACUUCACCCAAAAUACCAAACUCAAGAGAAACAACUCAAGACAACUUAUUUUUGACUAUGCCAGACACUUUGAAAAAUGCUUUACAAAUUGGGACUAAUACAAGUAAAGAAAUGGAAGAUCUUCAGCGAGUCCUACGGGAAGUUGAAAUGUCUCCAACUCUCUAUGGUGCAGAUUCACGACCACCUACAGGCAAAAUGAACAUCUUGUCCUCAACCCCUUUGUAUGAAAAACGUGAUGUUGAUCGUAGUGUUGGAGAAAUCAUCAGAGAAUAUGAUGCAAUUGAUCACAGGGGAGCGGAAGAAUUUGAUGAUGAUGUCCCUUUGCGUUCAGAUUACAAAAGUCCCAGGAGUCCAAGAUCACAUGCAAAAAGAAAGAACAGGUCAGGGGAAGGGGACAGUAACAUUGACUACUCUCCCACUGAAGAAACAGAGUUGUUCAAGCCACUCACUUCAGUGGCUGUAAAAGAAAGAACAAAGUUAGACAAAAAAUUGGACAAAAAAGGGACAUUACUCUCAUCUGUGGCUACAAAUCCUGAAAAGGUUCGAUCAGCAAGGGAUAAAUUCUCUCAUGUACAAAGCUCAGGUUAUGGAAGGUCAGCAUCACCUCCCACUAGCAGAAAGUCGAGGUCAUUGUCUGCUGGAAAGUCACCACCUAAAAUCCAGAAGUCAUCUGUGGAUCAAGGGACCAGAGACAAUACUAGAAAACUGGACAGAUCACUAACAUCCUAUAAUCUCAGAUUGGGCACAGAUAACCGAAUGUCAUUAUCCUCUGAAGGAUUAUCACAACUUUUGCCUGAUCAUAUGACUUCCCUAAAGACCAAAGACCAGUACCUACAGCUAACAGAGAGAGGGGCCACAAAAAGUGGUAAUGAGAGGGAAGCAACACUUUUGGAAGUCUUACAAGACAUGAGAGCGCAGCUACAAGAAGAGAAAACACUUAGAUCUAAUUUACAAGUUGAAUUGAUGACAAAAGAAAAAGAAUUUAAAAAACAAAUGGAUGGUCUCAAGGUGAAAUAUGAAGAUGAAAUUCAAGCCCUGAAGCAAGAAAACUUUGUUUUAACUGCCAAGCUAAAAGAAGUGGACAGGGAAAGAGAACUGAAAUCUAAGAAAGUAGAAAACUCUUCUGGUAUCACAGCAGAAGUUGAAGAAAGCACAGAGUCCAGACUAGCUCGUGAGAUACAAGAACAAGAAAACUUACUGGCGGGAUACCAGGCAGAGAAUAAAAAACUGUAUGAAGAAAUAAAAAAUCUCCAGAAGCAGGCCAAGGCAACUGAGGCCAGUAUGUUCAAAGAGAACCAGCGACUGACGGCAGAACUAUCUAAUGUGAAACAAGAGCUGGAAUUAAAAAACACUGAGCUUCAAAACAAAGGAAUUAUUACAAGCAUGGCAGUGCAGCAGCAAAUAGCAGCAGGGAAUGCUGAGGCAAUGAUGGGAGCUAGUCGUGUGGCCCAUUUGGAAGGGGAGCUGGCAGAAGCUAAACGUGUACAAGAUAAUUUAAGUAAAGAGUUGAAAAUGGCACAACAUAACAGGUAUGAACUAGAGAGACAUCUGGAGAGUCUGUUGACAGAAAAAGAUGGGCUGGCUAAACAACUUGCUGUCUCUCUUACACCAGAUCAAGUGAAAGAAUUGGAAUCCAAGCACAAAGAAGAAUUGGACAGACUGAAUAAAAAAAUUAAAUGGUAUGCAGAGAAUCAAGACUUGCUAGAUAAGAGCAAUGUAAAACUCAGACAGAAAGAUGAUGAAAUUCACAAAUUAAAGAUGAGGCUUGAGGAUUUCAAAUCAGAGGCGGGAAGAAAACUUGAAGAGAACAAGAUAAGAGCUAAAGAGAAAGCUGCAGAUGCUAAGAAAAUACAAGAUCUAGAGAGACAGGUGAAAGAAAUGGAACAAGUCAUUAGAAGAAGGUUCCCCAACUCCCUGCCAGCCAUGAUGAUGGUGGCCGCAAAUGCACCAGACGUCAGUUUAGAUGUGGGUCAAACCAAAGGUCGUAGUGUUCAAGUCCUGGAAAACCGCAUCAGGAAACUGGAAAAGGAGCUGGAGGAAAAAGAUGAACUGGCACAGCAGGAUCUGAGAGCCAUGGAGCAGAAGUACAAUCAGGUCAAGCUUCAGUUUGAAGAAAGGAUUGCUGACCUCGAGCACCAGCUGUCCUACUGCCAGCUUUCGGGGGAAGGGUUCCGAGACCACCCUCACAGCCAUGCCUUGGCCCUGGAGCGAGAGCUGGACAAUGUGAAGGACAGGUGCCGCAGGCAAGUGUCUGAGAUGCAGAGUGAGGUGGACAGGCUAACUGCAGAGUUGAACAAAGCGAAGAAGAAUCAAGAGAAUUUGAUGAAGAAUGACAUGCGGCAGAUAGAAGGAGAAUAUAAACAACAGCUGCUGAGUUUACAGACAGAGUUGAAGAACAGAGAUCAUGAUAUACAGCUCCUGCAGCACACAGUGGAUAAACUUCGGUCUCGAUCAGCAGGUAAAAAAAGUAAUCUUGUAAAGGUCAACACAGAGACAACAGAUAUACAGUCCAACUUUAAAGUAUCUGCAUCCACUAGAGAAUACAAGCCUGGAGUAUUUGCUGACACUGACUUGUCCUCAUUGAUUGAAGAGAAUCACCUGCUGAAAAACAAAAUUGAUGAGUUACAGCUAGAGCUGGAUCAGCAAAGAGUGGACUUAAGGAAAUCUUUAGCAGAAACAGAAUCUGUGGCCAGAGUGAAUCAAGAGAGGCUGGAGAAUGAGAUUAAUGCCUUAAGAAGUAGCCACCAAAUAGAAAUUCAGAAAAUAUUAUCAGAGCAGGCCUUGAGAUCAUCUACGUCUAGAGUAGCAGAACUUCAGAGCCAAUGCGACACUCAGGAGGUGAUGAUACGCCAUCUCCAGUCACAACUUAAGAAGCUGAACUUUGAGCUGGAAGAGUUGCCUCAAUUGAAAGUAAGAGAGUCACAGAUGUUAAAACAAAUAGAAGAUCUCCAGCUUAAGCUUAAAGAAGCCAGGACUGUACAGGCUCCAGAAAUGCGCCAUUUUGAAUCUCUGGAAGAAAAGCUGACAGACUUGGUGAUUCGUCAGAAGAAAAGGGAAGCUGAACUGGACAGUGUAGUUAAACAUAACCAAAUGAUUGGUCGUCAAGAGUUGGAGGAGGAAGUAGAUAAAUGGAGACGGAUGGUUGAAGUAAAAAAUCAACAGCUGCAGGUGUUCCGAGCUGAAUUAGACUCUAUCCUAGAAGUGCUGAAAACUCUACAGAAACAGGGAAUCACACUGCCCAUGGGGACAUUCUACAGCUAGUCAUUGAAGGAUUUUAUUUUCAUACUUCACAUUCUCAGGUUCUGUCCCCUCGAGGACAUUAGCAUUCUGUUCAACUAAAUGUAAACUUGACAACUGUGUAAUUUUAGUUAUUCUUUUUAAAUCCAAAAAGCUACAUUAUCAUGUAGCAAUACUAUUUUAAAACUGUUUUUUAAAUAUAUGUUUUAACAUUUGAAAUUUUUGUUAUGUAUUGCAUACAUAUGUUUUGAUUGUACAAAGUGAUUUGUAUUAUAGUUCUAAAAAAUCUACAUAAUUAUUAAAUUGUACUAGUUACUAGUACUUCUGUCCUGUUUUACAUUUUUUAAGACUGUUUCUUUAUUCUUAUGACCAAGUGGCCUUAAAAAUCUUGGGGGCUGUCAAUGCAACUCACAAGGUUUCUAUGUUGCUACCCAUAAUUCCUUUUUUAUCUAUGUAGAAGUUUUAAACUCAGAUUUAAAGCUAUUAGUCUUAAGCUAAGACUUAGUGUUAUGAUGUUCAUUGAAAAUAGUUACUAUAAAUGAAAGAUGGAGGCAGCUUGGUCACCUGCUGCCCAAAGAAAUUGUUAACAUUUACUUGUUGAUGUAUGGAGAGGCGAUCGUGUGGAUGUACAUUGGUAAUGUUUUAUAAGAAGUUUAUUUUCAACUUGUUUCACUAAGUGUUAUGUAAAAUGUGUACAUUAAAUAAUUUAUUACUUCAA